AUAGUAAAGAUUUGAUUUCCAAAAAAUAAAUUGUUAUUUUUAGACGAUAUAUGUUUCCAUUUCACCCAUAAUCGUCAUUAUCAUCAAAUUUUUCUAAAUUUUCUUACUUAAUUUAAUAAGCGAGUUAAUGUUGGAUGUGGUGAGUGGAAAUCGUCGGAUCAGUUACACAGCUAGACAGGGAAUUCUCCAGGGGGAAAAAAGAAAUAACAGACGGAUUAUUCACUCAUUUAUGUGAAAAAAUUAGGUAAAAAGUAAUUAAUAAUUUUCCACCAGUAAAUGCUUUUUGGGCGCACCGCCUCUCUAUCUUCCUUUUUCUUUCUGUCUUCCUCUUUUUAACUCAGAAAAUUUUGACCGAAACGCUCGGCGGCAGGUGAAUGGCCUUGUAGAGCGCUGGAAUAAAUAAAGAGCGACUGACACAGAGCGAGAGAGAGAGAGAGAGAGAGGAACAGAGGGAGUGAGAAAGAAAACACAGCAGCAGCAGAGAGAGACGGCGACAGGAGGAGGAAGAAGAAAAAGAGGUACCCAUUUCACAGUGAGAAAACGUCUGCUCUUUUGAUUUUUCCUUUCUCGGGAAAAAUCGUUUCUUUGUCUCGAGAAAAUUUGUGUUUUUAAAUUAUAUUGAUGAUGAUGAAUUGUUUAUUGUAGGGAGUGUUUGUUGUUUGCUCGUUUGUUUUCUUUUCCAAUUUGAUAAUUUCUAUGAUGUUUCUAUAGAGAUUUGCGUUUUCUGGGUCAGUGGGUGGUGUGGGGUUUUGGGGAAAGGCGAAAGUUCAUAGUGGACAUUUCACUGUUUCAGUGAAAAUUAUAUUAACAAAGACCGGCCAUUUCUCUCUCUCCCUCUCCCCAUCCUUUUGCCUGCUUUGCUUUGGUUUUACAGAUCGGGUUUUGUCUGGGUGAAGGAAGAAGAGGGGAGAGGAGAGAGUGAAGGAGGGAGAAAAAAUCUCGGCCAUAGAUUUGCAAUCCUCUGUUUUUUUUUUUAAUAAAUAGGGUUUUUGGGGGUUUAGUAACGCCCCUUCUGGCCUCUCUGCUUACUCUCUUUCUUCCUCUGCUCUCGCCUUCUGCGCUUCACAUCUAUCUAUCUUGUUAGGCUUAUCGUUUUGGGUUUUUUUCUGGGUCUUUCCUCUUCUUGAAGGGAGACGAGGAGGAAGACAGGGGGAAGAAGAGAGCUCUCCACUGUUCAGGAGUCGUGGGAUUUAUGUCGGCUGGAUUUAAUUUGGCUGUGAUUGGGGCUCCGUUGAAGCUCUCUGGUAUUUUGAUUGCUGCUUCUACAAAAGUGAUUGUCUCCGACGCCGUCAGCUCUCUCCAUUCUGCCGUUGCCGCUCGCAGACGCUGCUGCUUCCCCUGCUUUAUGCGACUCUGCUGUUCCCAGCAGAGAACGGUGCUGAGGUCCUCGUUUGAUUCGAUGCGUUUGAGGCCAAAACGGUAUGCUUUUCUCUCCGUCUCAUAGUAUGUACUGUUCUGUUUGUGGAAAUCUGUAGUGGGUUUCGUGGGAAAGACAAAGUUUGUUAGAUGAAAUGCCUGACCGGCGGACUUUUUUCUUUGUUUUUUUGCAGGACUUCUUCUGGUAUUGUGGAGUGCUUUGGGGGUUUUCACAUAAAUCGAUUUUCUCACUUAUUCUUGUUCUUGAGAGGGGGUCUCACUUGAUUAUCCCUCUGGUUCUUCUCCCCUGAGCCUUAAACCCUUCUUUCUCUUUCUUCUCUCUGAUUUCUAUAGACUGCUUCUAAUCCAACUGAGAUUAUACUGCUCUGAUUUCGUUUUGGUGAGAUCAAGAAAACCUUUCUGGGUGUCUAUUGAGGGGUUUUGGUGAGUGGGUUCUGAGAUUUACCAUGCCGGGGCCUGUAGAACAACAGCUGAUGGUCUCACCGGAGACUUUGCAGGGAGUUCUUACCAACUCCUCCCCUUCUCAGGACUCUAUGGAGUCAAGGGUUCGUAAAGUCCGAGUCAUAUAUCAAGAUCCUUAUGCUACUGAUACCGAUUCUAGUGAUGAUGAAUCGGAGUGCCCUGUUCCAGCUUUGAAGAAAAAGUCCAAAUGUUUUGUCCGUGAGAUUUGUGUCCCUGCCUUAUCCCGUUCACAGAGCACUGUUGAGCAGCAACUGCAGGAAUCCUCCUCUCAAGACAGCAGCAACAACGACACCAGGUCCAAAAACCCCAUCAAGAGAAGGGUUUUGGCCACCGCUCGGUCGUUCUCAAAAGGACCCAAGAAGCCGGUGGGUGUUAGGCAGAGGAAAUGGGGCAAAUGGGCUGCUGAGAUUCGAAACCCCCACACCAAAUCCAGGGUGUGGCUCGGUACUUUUGCCUCUCUUGAAGAGGCUGCUCAGGCUUACGAGGACAAGAAGCGCGAAUAUGAUGCUUCCUUUCCUUCGGAAGAUCAACAGAAAAGUCUCAACAACAUACUGCCUCAGUCUUCCUGUGCAGUUGCUACUGCUGCUGAUGAUGUCACUCCCUCCAACAGCAAGAGUCAUCCACCUUGUGGCUCGACUACCAGUGAUACUGAUUCUCACAGCCUUGUAUCCCAUACGUCUCCAGCAUCUGUCCUCGAGGUGGACAACUGCGUGGUGUCAAUGUUGAACUGCGAUUUUGACAAGGGAGAGUGCUUUGACUUCAUGGAGGAGGAAGGUUUGCAGGAUACUGCUCUUACUGUUGAAGACCUUGAGAUACCUGAUUUGAGCUUUAUUGACGAGGCAUUGGUGUCUACUUGUCCCGUGGUUGAUCAAGAUCUCGACUUGGGUGUUGAUUUCACCAACCUCAUCGACGAGUUUGGCAGGAUGUACGAUGAUUACUGUGGCAUUGGGGAUGACCUCGACUUCCUGGGGUUUGAUGGAGAAAUGCUACCAACUGAGCUUCCUGAUUAUGAUUUUGAGUUCAGCAGUGAGGAGUUUGCCUACUUGGAUGAUCAUCAACAGCAGCAACAACAACAACCCCUCAAUAUUGCAUGCCCAUAAGUUUUGCAGCUAGGAGAGUUUUCCAUGUUCAGUUUAAUUUCGUAUCGCAAGUCAUUAUUAUUAUUAAUGUAUUCGUUGAAAGACAAAAAAGAGUGAUGGGUUCUGUAAUAGGCAGAGAGUGAGGAGAUCUCAAGAACACCGCUUGACAAGCAUUGUGGUGUUCUUUUCUGAGAAAGGUUUUGGCGGAGUGAGUUUUGUUUUAUCACUGUUGUUUAGUUUUUGUCUGGUUGAGAUGGUGAAGAUGUGCAAGGCUGUCUUCACUCUUGUCUUCUGUGUUUCAAUGUCCAGGAAUGAAUCCUUGAGGGUUUUGCUGGUGCUGUAAAAGCCGUCCCAAAUGGUUUUGUUCCAUUCAGUCUUGUAAAGUCUUCCUCCCCAGAGCAAUGGUUGCUGUGAACUCUGGUGGAGGGUAUUGGAAGAGAAAUGCUUAAAGACCCAUUUCAUUUUCUCUCAUGUGUCUACUGAAAUGGAACUGUUUGAUCAUAGUGUUAAACUGGGUUCUUUCUGUCUUCGUCAUUUUCUAUGGUUGCAUUACAGUUACUUCUGAAGCUUUCAUUACUGUUGAUUGAUUGUGCUGUGCAUUAAUAGUUUGUCUCAGGUGGAGGAUGUGGGUAUUGAAGUCGUGUAGGUGAGAUUUUCAUUUUGCGUGUGUACUGUGAGAGUGGUGGCAGCAAGGAAGAGCGAUGUUUUGAGAUUCUCAGCUACUGCUGGACCAGUACUGGGCUGCGUACGUUCUGGUAGAGGUGGCAAAGCCCAUUUCCGCAUUAAAUUGAAGACAUUUAU